AUCAUGUGCUGUUCGUUGGUUUCUGAGGCUGACCUGGGCCGCAUUCCGGCGGGUCAUCUCUCCACACACACGGUGCUAUGCCUGCUUGUUUAAGCUUGUCAGGACGAUUUCCCGGCCCCAAUCUACCUAAUUCGGGCUUAUCAGAUGAGAUCAGGAAUAUCGGUUCCUCAGUAAUGAGUCUCUUGGAGUGUGGCAGUGCUGGUUCGGCCGGGGUUUGAGUUCUUUUGCUUUUGCCGCUCUGUCGGAAAGUGGAGAGCUAUGAUGAAGGUGAGGUUGGAUGGUCAAGCUUGAAAGAGGUAGCCCGGCGAAAGCUGCCCUUGGAAGAGUAUUCAUAUUCUCUGGGCGCCGCUUAUUCGGCACGUCUUGCUUUCGAGCUCGACAGCACUUUCUCUUUUUCUGCCGGGCUGUACAUGACAUCCCUUCAUGAUGGCUGACAAGUUUCUCAGCCCCAACCCCCCACAUGCGGACUCCCGUUCACGGGCCACGAGUGAUGCCGACACUAUUGCCCCGGAUGGGUCCAAUCCGUUUCUCACGCCGUCCGGGACCACCGCUGCCCCCAGUACCGCUGGUGCGAGCCUCGACCUUGAAGAUGUUGAAUCGUCUUUGAGGCCUGACCCAGGCACGGAGCGCGACUUUCACGUGGACAACAACCCCUUCGCGUUUUCCCCUGGUCAACUCAACAAAUGCUGAAUCCCAAGUCCCUCUCAGCAUUCAGGGCGCUCGGCGGGCUCCGAGGUAUUGCUCGUGGCGUUCAGACCGAUGUACGCAGUGGUCUCAGCGUCGACGAAGCAGGCGUCAGAUCAAGAAUCAGUUUUAAUGAAGCAGUCGACAACCACAACGAUAGCAAACCGGUUUCACCAACGACAGAGAAGCAUGUGCCGUCUUCUGGAGCACCGUUCGUGGACCGUACCCGUGUUUACGGUCGCAACGUACUGCCGCCAAAGAAGCCCAAGUCGAUCUGGAAGCUCAUGUGGAUUGCGUUCAAUGAAACGGUACUUAUCCUCUUGACGGUUGCCGGAGUCAUCUCUCUGGCCCUCGGACUAUACGAGACACUCGGCGUUGAAAGGCCUGCAGGCGCACCGGCUUCUGUCGACUGGAAGGAGAAGGCAUUCGUCAGGUUGAACACCAAGAAGGAUGACCGUCAAGUCAAGGUCAUUCGUUCCGGGAAAUCAGUCAUGAUCAAUGUCAACGAGAUCCUGGUAGGCGAAGUGCUCCAUCUGGAGCCUGGCGAUAUGGUCCCUGCCGAUGGAAUCCUAAUCGAAGGACACGAAGUCAAGUGCGACGAAUCUUCGGCUACUGGUGAAUCCGAUGUUCUCAAGAAGACUGCUGGCGACCAAGUCAUGAAGCUUCUGGACUCUAAACACAACAAUCAUGACGACCUGGACCCCUUUAUCAUCUCAGGAUCCAAAGUCCUCGAAGGUAUGGGAACCUACGUUUGCACCUCUGUUGGUGUCCACAGCAGCUUCGGCAAGAUCAUGAUGUCUGUACGGUACGAUAUCGAAGCUACACCUCUACAAAAGAAGCUUGAACGCCUUGCCAUCGCCAUCGCCAAGCUCGGUGGAGGUGCAUCGGCUCUGAUGUUCUUCAUCCUGCUUUUCAGAUUCGUUGCCAGUCUUCCUGGUGAUGACCGACUGCCUGCUGACAAGGCGUCGACUUUCAUGGACUUGCUUGUCGUUGCUAUUGCCAUCAUUGCUGUAGCAGUACCUGAAGGCUUGCCGCUGGCCGUCACUCUUGCCCUCGCGUUCGCGACAACGAAGCUGCUCAAGGAGAAUAACCUCGUUCGCGUACUUCGAUCUUGCGAAACCAUGGGUAACGCAACGACAAUCUGCUCGGAUAAGACAGGCACUCUGACAACAAACAAGAUGACGGUCGUGGCCGGCACCUUCUCCACCACUAGCUUCACUGCAUUGUCCCAGUCCGACAAUGAGAAGACAUCGGGGACACCUCACGUCACUGCAUGGGCCGCUGGCUUGCCUACAGGAACCAAGGAACUUAUCGUUCAGUCGGUUGCUGUGAACUCCACGGCCUUUGAGGGUCAAGAGGAUGGUCAGGCAACUUUCAUCGGAUCUAAGACCGAGACAGCCCUCUUACAGUUGGCGAAAGAUCACCUUGGUCUCCAGUCGCUUGCUGAGGCACGCGCCAAUGAGCAGGUCGUUCAGAUGCUUCCCUUUGACUCCGGAAGGAAGUGUAUGGCCGCGGUCAUCAAACUUCGCGACACCUCGAAGGGAUAUCGUGUGCUGGUCAAGGGUGCCUCUGAGAUUAUGCUUGGGUACUGUUCAUCUAAGACUCAGCUGGAGAAUUUGACUGAAGAGCCCAUGACGGUCACCGAGCGACAAUCUCUCGAAUCAACCAUCAACGAAUACGCUCGACGAUCCCUCCGGACCAUUGGCAUCGUUUACAAGGACUACCCCCAGUGGCCGCCUGCAAACAUGCCUUCAGAAGAUGGGCACGUCAAGCUUGAGUCUCUACUGACGCCUUCUGACCUAGUGUUCCUCGGCAUCGUUGGAAUUCAAGAUCCCGUCCGAGAAGGUGUUCCCGAGGCGGUCAGGCUUGCGCAGCAUGCUGGCGUCACAGUCCGUAUGGUCACGGGCGACAACAUCGUCACCGCUCAAGCUAUCGCCACAGAGUGCGGCAUCUUCACCGGCUCUCAGGGAGUGAUCAUGGAAGGACCAGCUUUCAGGAAGCUUUCUGAUGAGGACAUGAAUAACAUUCUUCCUAAGCUACAGGUAUUGGCUCGUUCGUCUCCUGAAGACAAGCGGAUUCUCGUGACGAGAUUGAAGGCGCUUGGAGAGACGGUCGCUGUCACAGGUGAUGGUACGAACGAUGCUCCCGCACUCAAGGCCGCAGAUGUCGGCUUUUCGAUGGGCAUCUCGGGCACCGAAGUGGCCAAGGAGGCUUCCGCAAUUGUUCUCAUGGAUGACAACUUCGCAUCGAUCGUGACUGCACUCAAGUGGGGUCGCGCAGUCAAUGAUGCCGUUCAAAAGUUCCUUCAAUUUCAAAUUACCGUCAACAUCACUGCUGUUCUCUUGGCGUUUAUAACAGCCAUGUAUGACCCUCAUAUGGAGCCGGUGCUGAAAGCUGUUCAACUGCUUUGGGUCAACCUCAUCAUGGACACAUUUGCUGCGCUUGCACUGGCAACGGAUCCUCCGACUGACAAGAUUCUCGACCGCCCUCCUCAAAGAAAGGAUGCACCACUUAUCACGAUCAACAUGUGGAAGAUGAUUAUUGGACAAGCCAUUUUCCAGCUCAUCAUCACACUCACCCUUUACUUCGCCGGCCCCGAGAUUCUCAACUACGACAGAAAUAGCGAGGAUCAAAUGCUUCAACUCGAUACGGUCAUUUUCAACACCUUUGUCUGGAUGCAAAUCUUCAACGAAUUCAAUAAUCGACGCCUCGACAACAAGUUCAACGUGCUCGAGGGUGUCCACCGCAACCAAUUCUUCAUUUUCAUCAACCUCCUGAUGGUCGGUCUUCAGGUGGGAAUAGUGUUUAUUGGCGGUCGCGUGUUUGAGAUCAAGGAGGGUGGCCUCAACGGAACUCAGUGGGCUAUCUCCGUCGUGAUCGCCCUCAUGUCUUUGCCAUGGGGUGUGCUGGUUCGUAUUUUCCCGGAUGUCUGGUUUGAAAGAGUGGCUGUUUUCGUCGGAAAGCCUUUCGUACUGGUGUACAGAUUCCUCGGGAGAAUGUUUGCUCCUGUUGGCCGACUGUUUAAGCGAAAGCGACGAGAUGCUACCGCAGCAGAUGAAGAAGUACCUGCUACAAUUGUUGUCGCCCCACCCGAGGAAAAGGGGCAGCAGCUUUGAUGGAAACCCCCAUAAGCGGAAAGUGGCAUGGCAUGGCAUGGUAGAGUAAGGCACGG